AUGGCGGAGUUCUAUCGUAGUGGUAACAUAGGCGAUGAGCAGCAUAUAGCCAAGCCACAUGUUACGCAGAUGUCCCGCGUCAUGUUUGGUCUGAUACUGGAACAUCCAGAUUUCGUCGAGCACGCCACCGAAACACAGCGGUUACUCAUGAACAGGUUUUCUAAUAGCAACAUAACG